CCUCCAGUCGCCAAUUGGUUUCAUCUCCUCCUUCUUCUCUCUCUCUCUCCCUCUCUGCUAUUUAUAUUGAUCCAGAGAGCAAUGUGCCUAUUAGCAGUAUGGCGGCAAGGAAGAAGUGGCACCGGGAUGACGACGACGACGAUGAUGGGGAGCUGCUUGGCUUCCAGAUUUUACACUGUCUUAUAUUCCGCCAUCAUCACCAUUAUCAUCAUCCACAAAGCCGGUGCCGCCGAAGCCGCCGCCGCAGUCUCCUUCGCCUCCACGGCUACCUCCUCCCUCUCCUCUUCGCACUCUCCGCUUCUUUCCUUAUCCUCUUUGCGAUUCUUUUGUUCUUCGCUCCAUCGGUUUCUAUUCCCAUUCCUCUCAACAGAUCGGUUACUGCUGCUACUCAUGGAAUGGAGGCUGGCAUGAUUGUUGAGAAUAAUAGAUAUGCGUUUCGCAUUCCGACGACGACGACGAGUGGCCGGAGGUUGUGGUCUACUUUCAGCAAUUCAUCCAGUUCGUUUCAUGGAUGCAGCGAUGCCAGCUCUGACUUUUCAAAAAGGAGGAUGAAUACAGAGGAGUCCAAUAGGUUCCUGUUGAUUGCGACUAGUGGUGGCUUGAAUCAACAGAGAAUAGGAAUAGUGGAUGCUGUUGUCGCAGCCUAUAUCUUGAAUGCCACCCUGGUGGUGCCUAAGCUGGACCAAAAGUCAUUCUGGAAGGAUGACAGCAACUUCUCAGAUAUCUUUAAUCUGGAUUGGUUCAUAUCUUCCCUCUCCACUGAUGUCAAGAUUGUGCAGCAGCUUCCAGAAAAGGCGAGGAAAUUCACAACCACUCGGCCUCCAAGGAAAUGCAAUCAAACUUGUUAUGAAACUCGAAUCCUUCCCCUCUAUCACAAAAAGCGCGUGCAAACUCUUCACCUCACCAAGUUUGAUUACAGAUUGUCGAAUCGACUCGAUGAGGACCUGCAGAAACUCAGAUGUAGAGCUAAUUAUCAUGCUCUGCACUUCACCGAUCCUAUAGUCCAGAUGGCAACUAAACUAGUUGAAAGAAUGAGAAUGAAGAGCAACCAUUUCCUUGCCUUGCACUUGAGAUUCGAACCGGAUAUGCUAGCAUUCACUGGAUGCUAUUACGGUGGGGGAUCAAGAGAAAUUGAAGAGCUAGGAAAGUUACGAAAGAGAUGGAAAACCUUACAUAAAAAGAAUCCUGAGAGAGAAAGAAGGCGUGGGAAGUGCCCACUAAGCCCAGAGGAAGCGGGGCUGAUGCUAAGAGCAUUGGGUUACAGCAAUGACGUGCACAUAUAUGUUGCAUCUGGGGAGGUAUAUGGAGGCGAGGAGACACUAGCACCACUGAGGGCACUCUUCCCAAAUUUACAUUCCAAAGACACAUUAGCCAGCAAGGAAGAGCUAGCACCAUUUGCAGCCUUCUCAUCCCGGAUGGCUGCAUUAGACUUCAUCGUCUGUGAUGAAAGCGACGUCUUCGUCACCAAUAACAACGGCAACAUGGCUAAGAUACUUGCUGGGAAAAGAAGAUACUUUGGUCACAAACCAACCAUCAGACCAAAUGCCAAGAAACUCCAACGGUUGUUCCCUGAUCGAGAAAAGAUGACAUGGCAAGAAUUUGCAUUGCAGGUGGAGACAGCCCAAAUUGGGUUCAUGGGAGAGCCAAACGAGGUGAAGCCCGGCACGGGAGUCUUCUACGAGCACCCACUGUCAUGCAUAUGCCAACAAAACUCCAUUGUUGAUCCCAGUCACGAUCAUGAGGUCGACUCAACUCCCCAAACCUCCAGUAACGAUUCUACUACUCUGGGUGGCUGGGAUUGGGAACAUGACGGUGACAGUGACAACGACAGUAAUGAAGUAGGCUAUGAAGGGAUGUCAGAGGAGGAACAAGAAUUGUUCGAUGCAGAGAAUGCAUUGGAGGACAGGGACAGGGACGACAAUGGCAGUACAUACACACAACACACAUAUGCCCAUAGUUUCGGAGUUGGUCUGGUCUGGUCUGUUGCGUUGAUCGAGUAUUCUUGGGUCCUCUAGUAAUAUAAUUCGAGUAAAUUUUCAUCAAACCUAAUAUCAGUAUACUGGAGUAUUAGGCAAGUCUCAAGCACCCUACGAAUAGCAUCACGACACGUGGAUGUAGUAGAUAAAAUGAAUGAGCUGAGGUGGCAUCGGAAGCGACCACAGACCAGCCUACAGUACACAGACGUGGGCACAGCACAGUGAUCCAAACGUGGCAUCCGCCGCAUCUGUUGUUGUUCCCUCCUCGCUUCUCAACACCCAACUAA